UGACCUGAGCUCCAACCUCUUCUCCUCCUCGCUGCCUUCCCAGUGGUCCUCCCUCUCUGUGCUGCGCAAACUCCACAUCCAUCAUACGCUCCUCUCUGGCGCCCUCCCUGCUGCCAUCGGCUCCAUGACCAACCUCCGAGACUUGCGCAUGUGCUGCAAUAUGCUCACGGGCUUCCUGCCUACACAGAUAGGCCUUCUCACCAAGUUAACCCACCUCGAUCUCAGCUCCAACCGCUUUUAUGGUGCGCUGCCGGCCACUCUCUCUGCCAUCCAGCUAGCCACUGCCAUUCUCCUCCGCGACAACCAACUGAACGGCACGAUUCUCCCCAAGCCAUCAGCAGCCGUGCAGCAGUACCAGCUCGACUCCAACUUCUUCUCCGCCUGGUUCCCCUCCUCCCCCCACUCCUGUGCCGGUACCACCCUCUGGUCCAACUGUCUCCCGGUCCCCACUGUCUUCUCCGUCCCUCCGGGCUAUCUCUGCCCAGUGGACUCCUUUCCACCGGAGGCGUACCGCCAGCGGAGCGCUGCUGCGUGUGCUGCGUUCUGCGGGCUGUGGGUCGGGCCGGAGUCGGCGGUUGUGGAGAGAGUGGUGUGCGGGGGCCACGGGAGCUGCUUCUUUGAUGGACCCAACCGGGUUCCCACGUGUGUGUGUGACGUGGGGUACCUGAAUGGCGAGGACCCGGGCACGUGUAUCGACGCUGGAGGCGCCUUAAAGGUUCCCACGUGCGUGUGUGACAUGGGGUACCUGAAUGGCGAGGACCCGGGCACGUGUGUGGACUCUGGAGGUGCGUGCAGGGGUGGAGGUGGUGGAGGGAGAGUGUUUGUGCGUCUGGGAUGGGGUGCGGAAUGGGGGUCCCUUGCUUGCCUUGCCAUCGUGCAAACCCUUGACCCCUUCUCACACCUAUUUCCCCUUUUCUCCCUCCCUCCCUCCCCUCCUCCCUCCCUCCCCCCCUCCCUCCCUCCCUCCCUCCCUCCCUCCCUCCCUCCCUCCCUCCCUCCCUCCCUCCCUCCCUCCCUCCCUCCCUCCCUCCCUCCCUCCCUCCCUCCGCACCCCCUACCAGUCGACCCAAACACGGUGAGCCUCAACUCCAAGGAGCACUACAAGUCCAUGAUCACAUACGGCAAAGCAUUCAUGGAGAGCGACGACGGCGCAAUUACGCUCACGCCCUCACUGCCCUCCGUGUGGGGCGCAGCGCUCCUCUCCACGCCCAUCCGCCUCUUCUCCUUUGACGUCAAGGCAGCCGAAGCCGGCCGCCAGCUCGGAUUCACCGCCGCAUUCUCCUUCUGCCUCUCAGCGGAAGGCGGGAACGGGACCAGCGGCUUCGCCUUUGUGAUCUCCGCGAAUGGCGUGCCGACAAGUGGCGCCGCCGGGGCGACCGGGGUUACGGAUCUGGGAUACGCAGGGAUGGACGCACGGAGCGUGGCAGUGGAGUUUGACACGCGGAUGGACGCAGCAUCGAAUGACCCUAGCAACAAUCACAUCGGGGUGGACAUUGCCGGGUCUACCUCCUCGCUCGCCACUGCCACGCUCCCGCCCUCGCUCACUCUCAACGACGGGGAGGAGAAGCAGGCGUGGGUGACGUACUCGCCGCUCAAGGGCGGGGUGCUGGAGGUCUUUCUGACGACCGCUGCUGCUGCUGCUAAGUAUGGCAAGCCGGCGGCGCCGGUGCUGAGUGUGAAGAUUGCGCUGUGGAAGGUGCUGAAGCCGGGGGUGGCCCCGGCGGUCAGUGACUCGUACUUCUUUGGGUUUGUGGGCGCGUCGGAGCAGCCGCCGCAGGAGCAGACGAUUUUGUCGUGGAGCGUUGUGACCGGUGCGUGGUGGUGGUGUGCGGUGGUGUUGGGCGGUGCGCGGGUGUUUAAGUGGGUGGUGGGGGAGGAGAAGAAUCGUUUGGUGGGCGAAUCAGGAGCAGGGGUUUCCCGAGUCAUCAGAUCACGACAGCACCAUUCUCGAGCCGCCUCAAAAGUCCUUCCCUCUCCCGCUCCCGCUUCCCAACGCACACACAUGCGCCCGUCACCCGGCGCCCAUCACCCGGCACCACCAGGCUUCCCGCUAGGCCUCGUGCUGGAGAGCAAGCACCUGGCAACAGGGCCAAUCAACCUCUUCUUCCUCACUAACUAUCUGCUCCUCUCCUCCCCUCCCCUUCCUUCCCAACGCACAAAUGUCACUGGCCCGGCACCACCAGGCUUCCCGCUAGGCCUCGUGCUAGAGAGCAAGCACCUGGUGACAGCGCCCGUGAACCCCUUCUUCCGCUACGCCAGUGUGGGCUACCAGGCCACAGCGCCCUUGGGUGCUUCCACUCACUCCCCGCUGGGAGGGGCGGCGACAGUGCAGGAGGAGUCGUGGGUGGUUAGCGCCAGCCAGUCGUGGCUGCAGCCGUCUCUGCACUGGGAGCUCCGCGACCAGGGCUCCUGCGGCGACUGCUGGGCGUACGGGGUGGUGCAGAGCAUCGAGGCAGCCUACGCCAUCCUGCACAACCGCUCUGCACCGCUGCUUUCCGUGGAGCAGCUACGUAGCGACGUGGGCGCGGAUUGCAGUGGGGGCUCGCCCUUUGUGGCCUUCCAGUACCUCACGUUCCUCGGCAAGGCCGGCAAGGGGCUGUUAGAGGAGAGCCAGUUUGUUGCUCCGAGUGGUGGUGCCGGGGGGAAGGGAGCGACGGGUGGGGCGGGUGGAGGUCGCCGGGUGCCGUUUCUUGAGAAGCUGAAGCGGGCGCUCAUGCGGUGGCGGUCAAAGGGAAAGAAGAAGGGCAAGAACAAGGUGACCAAAGGACUGAGAAUCAGUGGCUUUGAGCGCACGUCCUUCUAUGGCUGGUUUGGGCUGCUGCUGGCCGUGCAGCGGCAGCCAGUGGUGGUGCAUUUAGAGGCGUCUGCUGAGACAUUUGUCAACUACGAUGGGUUUGCCAAGUACCAGGACCCGGCGUGCUUCACGUACAACCUGAACCACGUGGUGCUGCUGGUGGGGUACCGCCUGGUGGGGUCAGAUGAAGCCUUCCCCCACAUGGCGCCGCCCUUCUGGAUCAUCCGCAACUCAUGGGGGGCUGACUGGGGUGAUGGGGGCCACAUGCGCAUGGACAUCCAGGGGGGGGAUGGCGUGUGCGGCAUCAACACUCUGCCGGGCCUCUAUCCUGUUGUGAAAAGCUCCACUGACCCAUGCAAUGGUGCGGCCACAGCAGCAGCGGCAGGAGCAGGGUCUAAUGAUGGGGGCGCGGCACUGCUGAAUCCGUGUGGGGGCUUCCCGUGUGUGCGGGACGGCGCCCGCAACAAGUGCCAGUGCAUGCUGCCGUUCGUGCAGGCCACCAAUGCGGACGGCUCUAGAACCUGCGCUUAUGUGGACGUGUGUGGGUCCAGCAACGGCAACCCAUGUGCGGUGGGCACGUGUGUGAAUGACGGGGCGGGGUCGUACUCGUGUGUGUGUCCACCGGGCUUUAGGCAGGGCACCACCGUCGAUGGCACCUUCUCCUGUGCUCCAGGCAGCACCAACGGCAGCUACACGGUGAUGGCAGAUGGCAUGACAUGCACAGACGUGCACGGCAUAUACGGGCUCACCCUGUCUCAGUUCCAGGCGCAGAACAAGCACGUCGACUGCGACAAGCCCCUGCCACGCAACACCCGCCUCAACAUCACCUCCUCGCUGCCGCUCUGCUCCGUCUUCUACUCUGCUGUGCAGGGCGACUCGUGCCUAUCUGUGGCAAAAUUCUUCUCUCUCGACGACUCCUGCAACCCUGUAGGCCGGCCGUGUGUAGAGGCCUUCCAAGCGCUCAACCCUGGGGUUGACUGCACCACCAACUCCGGAGCCCUGUCUCCCAGCCAAGUGGUGUGCCUGGAGCGAGAUUCCUCACCUGCUGCCGGCAGUGGUGGGGCUGGGGAUGCGGGGGAUGCGAUGGUGCCGGUUUGCAGUCAGACCUACAUGGUGCAAGGGGGAGAGAGCUGUGAGGCCAUCCGUAAUGUGCCAUCGCCCCCGCUCUCCCGCCUCAACUUCUACCGGCUCAACCCGGGGAUUAAUUGCGAUAAGCUCGUGCCGCCCAAUGGCGUGGAUGCGACGACUGGAUUCGAGUGGCUCAUCUCCUUCCCCUUGUCGUCUCUAUGUUCUCAAUGUGUGUGA